AUGAAAUCGAUGCUCUCAACCGGAAGCCUAUUUUUGGCGAAGUAUAUGAGGAAGAACGGGAUCCGUUCCGUCUUCAAUCUGCUAUUACUACGUUUGGGCCGUGUACUGAAAAAAAUAUACAAGUGUGUAAAAGAUAUCGUGCAGCUAUCUGAUGAAAACUGGUACACCAAGAAGUCUCUAUGGAAUGCAUUGAAGUCUCUACCGGGCGGUUUACGCCAAGGAAUCCAUCUGGAUUACCCCGCGUUUGAGACUAGUAAGGCCAUUAUGGAAACUGGAAGUGUUCAGGCCUCUGUAACUAUUGCUCUUCAGGAAGACACGCAGUUCUACGUAUACCCUGGAUGCUUUGGGACCUACGCCGAGAUGGACAAAUGUAAACUCGUGGUGCUCAACCCAGGUGAAUUUCUUAUUUUCCGUGGCGACUUGGUUCACGCUGGAGCUGAAUUUGAAGAAGAAAACCUACGGCUUCAUUACUACGUUCGUGUCCGUGGGAUUUACCAGAGAGCAGACGCAACGGAGGCUGCUGUAUUUAACAGCUACAUGUGCGAACACUGCGUUCUGCCCUGCACGUCGCGACGCCAUCUUGCAAACCACCGGCGUUACUGCACCGAUAAUCCGGAUAAGGUCAAGUCUAAGAAGGCUCGCGCGGAAGCGGAUGCUCGUGGAGGUCAUUGCGACAAGUGCAACAGAGACUUCAAGAAGCGAAACGCACUCUACCAGCACAACCACCGCCGCCACCCCAAAAAACCGGUCAAGUCAAGCUCUGCCGAGGAGUUGUCCUACGUAUACCACAGCAACAAGUCUGAUAACCAGAAGCAGAGCGACAUGGAUGCUGAGGAGGAAAGCGACUCAGACGUUUAUAUUGAGAGUGACGCAAAGGUCGACACUGAGAGUGAAGAAGAAAGUGCGGACGAAAGGGAAGAAGGUAGCGAAGAAGAGGUUUCCAGCAGCGGAGAUGGGAGUGAGGCGGAGAGUGAAGCUUGGAGCGAUGCAGAGAGCGCGGAGGACAGCGAGUAA